GGCGGGCGCUGUCCCUGGGAUUCGGGCCGGCUCUCCAGCGCUGCCAGUCUUCGGCUGCAGCGUCCGGCGCGCGGGCGGCUUGGUGGGCGGGCUGAGGGUGAACCGCGCGCGGGUGAGGCGGAAAGAGACAGAGGCGACGAGCAACCGCGGCGACAGGUUUUUUACUUAUAAAAGACAAUGACUACUGAUGAAGGUGCCAAGAACAACAGAGCAAGCGCAGCAGCGGCUGUUGCUGCACAGGGAGAGGACCUAACCUCGAAGAAAGAUAGAGGAGUGUUGAAGAUUGUCAAAAGAGUGGGGAACAGUGAGGAAUCACCAAUGAUCGGAGAUAAAAUUUAUGUCCAUUACACAGGAAAAUUGUCAAAUGGAAAGAAGUUUGAUUCCAGUCAUGAUAGAAGGGAGCCAUUUGUCUUUAGUCUUGGCAGAGGCCAAGUCAUCAAGGGAUGGGACAUUGGGGUGGCUACCAUGAAAAAAGGAGAAGUGUGCCACUUACUGUGCAAACCAGAAUAUGGAUAUGGCUCGGCUGGCAGUGUUCCCAGAAUUCCCUCAAAUGCAACUCUCUUUUUUGAGAUCGAGCUCCUUGAUUUCAAAGGAGAAGAUUUAUUGGGAGAUGGAGGCAUCAUCCGAAGAAUCAAACAGAAAGGACAGGGCUACUCGUUACCCAACGAAGGAGCCACCGUGGAAAUCCACCUGGAAGGCCGCUGUGGGGAAAGGACGUUUGAUUGCAGAGACGUGGCUUUCAUCGUUGGCGAAGGAGAAGACCACGACGUUCCCAUCGGAAUUGACAAAGCCCUGGAGAAGAUGCAGCGGGGAGAACACUGUGUACUGUUCCUCGGAUCACGGUAUGGUUUUGGAGAGACAGGGAAGCCUACAUUUGGCAUUGAACCGAAUGCUGAGCUUAUAUAUGAAGUUACACUGAAGAGCUUUGAAAAGGCCAAAGAAUCCUGGGAGAUGGACACCAAAGAAAAACUGGAGCGGGCUGCCAUCGUCAAAGAGAAGGGAACUGUGUACUUCAAGGGAGGCAAGUAUGUGCAGGCGGUGAUUCAGUACGGGAAGAUAGUGACCUGGUUGGAGAUGGAAUACGGCUUAUCGGAAAAGGAGUCUAAAGCUUCCGAAUCCUUUCUGCUGGCUGCCUUCCUGAACCUGGCCAUGUGCUACCUGAAGCUCCAAGAAUACAUCAAAGCCGUGGAGUGCUGCGACAAGGCCCUGGGACUGGACCGCACCAACGAGAAGGGCUUGUACCGCAGGGGCGAGGCCCGUCUGCUCAUGAACGAGUUCACGCUGGCCGAGGGCGACUUCGAGAGGGUGCUGGAGGUGAACCCCCAGAACAAGGCCGCGAGGCUGCAGAUCUCCGUGUGCCGGAAGAAGGCGAAGGAGCACAAUGAGCGGGACCGGAAGACCUACGCCAACAUGUUCGCGAAGUUCGCAGAGCGGGAUGCCAAGGAAGAGGCCAGUAAAGCAGUGGCCAAGAAGACGGUAGAAGGGGUCGCCGGUCAAAAAGACACAGGAAGUCCAGCAGAGGAAGAAGGGCGAGCUGGAGACCACGUAUGACCCCACGCAGAGGAGGGAAAAGUCCCAGUGAACUCGGCCUGCUCCCCGGGCUUUCCCCAACUCAGGACUGACUAUGUUCGGUGUGCAGUUUGUCACAGUCUGUGUGAUUCUGGAAGCAAAUGGCAAAACCAGUAGUCCCCACAAAACCACCCUGCUGCUGCCCAGGGCUGUCACUGAGGGGAGGCGUGGGACCACUGUGGGGACACAGACAGGUGGCUGUUGGUGUGGAGAGGUGCAGCCGGCAGCAGAAGUCCAGCUCAUUUCAGUUCAGGUCAGCUUCCCCCGUGCAGUGCAGGGUCCCCCGGAUGGUCCUGACCAUUGGGGCUGUCUGUGAGGUGUCACAUUGGAUGGAAUUUCAGUAGCACCUCAGAAACCUGAAAAUGAAUGCCCACUGAAUUUCUCCUUUCCUGCAGACAGGUGGGUGAAAGGAGGUGGAGGUCUGUGUUUUCAAUCACUGAAGUGCUGUGACUGACUGUUGGGUUGAACCAACAGAAUCCACAGUGGAGCAGCCUGCUGUCCCCUCAGGUCCACAGCAGCAUCACAGACUUGGCACCAAGAACCUCACAAGCCACUUGCUUGCAGACUAGCCCCACCCUCUCCUUAGUGAGCCCGCCCCCCUCUGAGCUGGCUUUCCACCACACUGGCCUGUCCCUGAGGAGGAAUUCUGUCCUUCCUAAAGCUCUCUUCAGCAAUGACAGGAAGCAGAGGGGGUGUCUGGAUUCAUUUUCUGUGUUUUGGGUGAAGUUCUGAGAGGCCGAAGUGUGUCAAGAGCAAUCAGAAUCGUGCAUUUUCCUUCGUCUGCUCCUUUUAGGAAAUAAUGUGACCGCAGUCCCGCCUGUCAGCCCCGCUGCUACUCAGUACCUGGUCUCCACGCCAGCCCCUGCUGUUAGGAAUGUCCGACUUGCUCUUGUACCGUCUCUGACCGGGAGGGGAUGUGUUUACACAUCCACACAGGACCCGUGCAGCUUUUUUUGUUGUCUUUUAAAACUUACUGGCUCAUAAACAUUUGUAUGUACCCUGGUUUAUGGAACUUAUUUACAAUCCUCUCUUAUGAAAAAAACCCGCCUUGACUUCUUACUAUUAAGUAGCUGAAUUUUUAAAAACAAACUCUGGGGUUGGAAAAAUCAGUGGUCGCUCUCCCGCGUUAGGGUGUUCCUCGCAGACUGACAGGCAGCGGCUUCCUUUCCCUGCGCCGCCGAGAGCUCCUCUGUGCUGCUGCGGGUGUGACAGAGAGUGAGGAAGCUUCCCGUGCAGGCGCAUCCAGCUCACAGUCCCCAACACUGGGGACUGAGUUAGGGCGAGUCUCCACAUCCCCACACGUCACUGAGUCUUAGUCCUUCUGGGUAAACAAGGUGAGCCUGGCUUUCUGGCCCCACAGCCUAAGGAGCACUCCUGGGAAUGCUUUUGGUGACCUACAGCACUCACUUCAGCCUGCAGCAUCUCACUGCUUUACAUCGUAAAAAACACCGGCAAUUAUAUUUUAGAUUCCCUUUAAUUCUGUGGUGGUUUUAACAAAACACUUUCAUUAUCGGGUUAGGGCUUAUUUUAAAACUAAAUGUCAUUUCUUUUUAUACCUGGGUUCUCAGCCAUGAAACAAAUGGAAUUAUAUUCUGUUUCACCAUUAAUGACAUCUAAAAUUCUUUUAAAUUCUCAGUCAUGCUUUUUUCUUUUUCCAUGAGAUAUUUCUUUCAAAAGCCCCAAAUCUUCCCUAGGAAAUAUGAAAAGCAAGAGUUGAUUUGGCUCGUUUGCUCAGCUGUUUAGCGUUUGCAGCUCUGUGGGCGAGAGCAUGACCCCAGUGAGCCCGAGACUGAGACUUGAUCCU